CUACAGCAGCACGGCAAAGCCACCACCGUGCACGGUGGCUCUGACACAGCACAAUGCAACAUCUGUGGUGGGGGGGAUGCGUGUGUGCGUGUGUGCGUGCCUGCCUGCCUACCGAUAGAGCGAUUCGAGGCUUGCUCUGCGGUUGCCGACGAGGAAAUUCAGCGCCUCGCGCUCCCACAGUCGCAACGAGCUGCCGACAGGAAGCGGCAGCGGCACAUGUGGCUGCACCCAUUACAUAACCCACCCACACACACGGAAUGAAUAUCAGGCUUCCUGUCGACGUGUGCGAACAAGUGCUACCAGGGGAUUGAGGAGUUCCUACACCGAUCUGUUGAAGAGAGGCCCCACGCUACGCUCCACACUGCACACGACAGCACAACUCGAUCGGCUCGUGCCUAUCGAGAUCACUCACAUGGCGAUUCUGACGCGCAGCUGCUCUCGAAGUGGCCGAUGACAGAGAAGAACCACACUGCGGUGCGGUAGACGUUGCUGGUGGUGGUGUGGGCGGGCGGCUGCAGCCUUUCACUCGUGUAAGCGCCGAAGACAUAUCGGUCCUUGCGGAUCAGCACGAUGAGAUUGAUCAUGUUGCCGACCAACCUGAGCAGAUCUCUGUACGCUGAACCGUGCACUGAUGCACUGCACGGAAGAGAGACAUACACAGGGCAUCUUUGUCACUCAGGCGAAGCUCUUUAUGCCUUUCACCUUAUGCAGAGGCGAAGAGAAUAAGAAACCCACAU